GGAAGUUUCUAGUUGACGGGUCAGUGUAAGCUCUUGGCAUGGAAAGCGAGAGUGAGCCUGGAGACAUGGAACACAGUAACUCCUCCAGCGAGGACGACAAGGAGGAGCACGGACAGGAUUACCUGCUAUCUCACAGUAGUAAUGAAGUAAAAAGCUGCGCAAUAGUGAAAUAUUCUUCUGCGCCACCUGCGACUGCGUUUGCCUGGCUUCAAGAAAAGACUGAUUUAAAGCUUCCACCUGCAAACUGGCUACGGGAGAAUGCCAAUCUGGGCCCCACUAUACCUGGUAGCAGCAAAAGCAAACCAUUUUCAAGCUUUGGAAUGGCGUAUGAUUUCAUUGACUCUGUAGGGAAAGAGGUUGAUGUUGUCGCUGACUCUGAGAACAUAAAAAAGCUUUUGAAGAUCCCAUACAGCAAAUCUCACGUGAGCAUGGCGGUUCAUCGCAUUGGGCGGACCUUGCUGUUGGACGAACUAGACAUUCAGGAGCUUUUCAUGCGAUCUUCUCAGACAGGAGACUGGACGUGGCUGAAAGAGUUUUAUCAAAGGCUAAUGGAUCAAAAAUGGCAGAGGAAAAAGAAGAGUAAGGAGCACUGGUACCAGAAAGCUAUCCUCUCUAAAUUUUUAUAUUACAGCAUUAAUGGUGAUGAUGCAGCUGAACCAGUUCCUCCUACUCCAAGUGAACCCAGAGGAGCCCAGAAUCUGAGUUCUCCUACAGAAGCUGAAAGUGUUGCUUGGCCCGCACCCUUUGAAACAUUAUCUUCUGUACCAGAUGAAGGAGGAGCUUCCAACCAGGGUCUUAAAAAUGAUUUUGUCAGAAAUAUUCUAUGGACUUUUGAAGACAUCCAUAUGUUGGUAGGCUCUAACAUGCCUAUAUUUGGAGGGGGGCGGUACCCAGCUGUAAGCUUGCGUCUCAGGGAUAAUAAUAAACCAAUCAAUGUACUGACUGGGAUUGAUUACUGGCUGGACAAUUUGAUUUGUAAUGUUCCUGAGCUUGUGAUGUGUUUUCAUGUGAAUGGAAUUGUACAGAAAUAUGAAAUGAUUAAGACUGAGGAGAUCCCAAAUCUUGAAAACUCCAAUUUUUCUACUAAAGUGAUUAAAGAUAUUGCACAAAACAUUUUGUCUUUUUUGAAAUCUAAUUGCACUAAAGAAGGUCACACAUACUGGCUAUUUAAAGCUAGUGGCAGUGAUAUUGUGAAACUCUAUGACCUCACAACACUUUGUGAAGAAACUGAAGACAAAUGCCAAAACCCAUUCACCAUGCCAGUAGCCAUUCUUCUGUACAAGGUAGCCUGUAACAUGAUGAUGAAGAAAACCCAAAACAAGAAACAUUAUGGAACCAUCCGAACUCUCUUGCUUAAUUGUCUAAAACUAGUUGAUAAAGGACGACAUCCACAAAUUAUUGCCUCAGCCAAUUAUAUGCUUUCAGAGCUUUUCCAAUUGGAUGAACCAAAGAGGGAAGAAGGCGAAGCCCCAUCAAAUGGUAAUUCCGAUGAUAGUUACAGUGAAGAGGAGGAUGACGACUUGGCAGAUAGUGAUGAAAAUGGGUCAUUCAAUUCUUCUUCUGAUAUGACUGAAGACUGCAAGGCUGUUGCUGUUAUUAAAUCUGUCAGGGAACUGUCUGUUCCUGAAAAGUAUAAAUCCACACAUCAGAUUAGGCCUAGCUGCAUGUUUCCGGUUUGCAGUGACACAGAAGAACGUUGCCGGUUGGUAAUUGGCUAUGUCCUUGAGGGUUUGAAAUCAAUUGACAGCAAUGUGAAAAAGGAAACUGAGCUUCCUGCUGCAGAUCCAAACACGCCUAUUCCACUGAAGUACGAAGACGAGUCGGCUAAUACAGGUCUUGGGUGCCUGGAGAAGCAGAUUACUUUGUUCCUGCACAGAUUAGGGUCUUCAGAAAAUAAAUGUUCUAGUGGAUCGGGGAUUUUGCCAGGUUCUUGGCAGUUUAAAAUGAAGCUCCAACUGAUUCUCAAGGCCUCAAAAGCUUAUUAUGUGCUUUCUGAUGCUGCAGUGAGCCUGCAGAAAUAUGGCAGAGCACUGAGAUACAUCAAGUUAGCCUUACAGUGUCAUGAUGCCUACAAUUGCCUAUGCACCAAUGUUGUUCCUGAUGUGAUGCUAUUGCUUUGCCAGUAUCUAACGCUCUGUGGGGACAUCCAGUUGAUGUUAGCACAGAAUGCAACCAACAGAGCUGCUUAUUUUGAGGAGUAUAAUUAUCAGACAAGAGAUGAUCAGGAAAUAUUACACAGUCUUCACCGGGAAUCCAGUUGCCAAGGCUUCUCUUGGGCAACUGACUUGUCCAAUGACUUGGAAGCGCAGCUUUCGGUUAGCUGUAAGUGCUAUGAAGCAACUAAUGAAGUUCUGGUUUUUACACAUUUAAAAGAUCAAAAUGCAGAACAGCACGCACAGGUAUUGAAAAGACUUGGUAAUGUCAGAAAUGAAAUAGGAGUGUUUUAUAUGAACCAAUCAGCAGCCAUUCAGACAGAAAGAGCAGUUGGCAAAGGUGUUUCUAGCGCAGAACAGGACCUGUGGAAGAAAAGCUUCUCUAGUUUUGAAAGAGGAAUUCUGAACUUUGAAUCUAUUGAGGAUACCACAAAUACAGCUCUAUUACUGUGCAACAUGGGGAGGCUAAUGAGGAUUUGCGCUCAAGCUCACUGUAGUGAUGGAAAUGACUGUAGGAGAGGAGAAUUCUCCCCAGAAGAAGCUCUAUACUAUAAUAAGGCAAUUGACUAUUAUCACAAGGCAUUAAGAACUCUAGAUAAGAGAGAAACUCAUCAAGCUGUUUGGGAUUCAGUUUAUUGGGAACUGUCAACAACAUACUUUACUAUGGCUACUCUACUUCAAGAUUAUGCUCCACUUUCCAGAAAAGCACAAGAACAGAUUGAGAAGGAAGUCACCGAAGCCAUGAUGAAGUCACUAAAAUACUGUGAUGUAGAAAAUGUGUCAUCGAGACAACCUUUAUGUCAAUACAGAGCAGCCACAAUACAUCACAGACUGGCUUCUAUGUACCACAGCUGCUUGAGGAACCAGGUGGGCAAUGAAUCACUGCGCAAACAGCAUCGAGUAUUAGCUGAUCUGCAUUACAGCAAAGCUGUGAAGCUUUUCCAGAUCCUGAAGGACGCCCCGUGUGAGCUUCUGCGUGUGCAGCUAGAGAGGGUUGCGUUUGCAGAAUUCCAGAUGUCUAGUCAAAACAGUACAUCUGGAAAGCUAAAAACUCUUUGUGGAGCACUGGAUAUUAUGAUAAAGACUCAAUGCGCAUUUAUUGUCAUUCACAAGGAACUUCUUUCUGAAAGUGAGCAGGGAACUAGGGAUGGAAGUGAGAUCGCAGGCGAUUCCUCUGGUAAUCUCAGCAAGGAAGAAGUGCUGAAACUCAUUAAUAUUUUUGAAUCUCGCUUGUCGUUCCUUCUCCUGCAGUGCGUUAAGCUUCUAACAUCAUCAAAGAAGAAGAGCAGUAAUAACGCCGAGGAGGAGGCAUCGUUGAAGACCUACAAGCAGGUUUAUUCUAAUCUUUUACGGGCUACUGCAAAUCGAAGCUCAACUCUGGAAGAGAGACUCAAUGUUCUAAUAAAUUUACUGGAUCAGCUCACUCCUAAGAAUGAAGCAAGCAAAACUGUAAUUCAGUGACAUUUGGUUACAAUGCAGAAGCUGUGCCUUGUUAAACCUGAGAUUGGUAGUUUGUUCCGUUCGCUGCUCUACUUUGUUCAUAACUUAUUCAAUAAAUAUUUAGGAUAAAGUCUUGGGAUAGAUAACGGAGCUACAUAAUAUAAGGAAAUAACGAAUGAGUAAGAUAAAAGGGUAUAAGGAACUUGUUACCUUACAGCACACACAAGUUGUAAUGGGUUUGUGCUUAUUUAUUGGUCCGUUUAUGAACACACUGUCGUCAUAUUGAGAUCUGGUAUAAGCUUGUUGGUGUAAACCCUAUUUUCAUGUAAUGGGGUGCUAAAGAAUCAGUCCCACUCUUUAUUUUGUUCCGUUUAACACUUGCCUUAAAUAUUUGUAUAAUAUAUUUAUAUACUUGUUUAUAACCAAAAAAAAUGUAUUUUACAUCCACAAAUAUCCAUGUCUGAUGCAACAGCAAGUCAAGACGCAGUCGAGGGGGAUGCUGCACAGUUCCCGGGUCGUCUUGGAAUAACUCACCUGUGACAACUACACAAUUCAGGAAAUUACUCAAAAGACUCAAUGAAGGCUAUUUUGCUUGGUAUUAAUGUUUCAGAUGCUAAAUCCCAUAAGUAGAACUGUAAGCACAAUCUGUGCCUUUAGCUUGUACAAGCGCAUGGCUCAGAAUAUAUUUUAUACAGAUUUGUGAAGGAUUUGCUUUCUGACUAUUUAGCAACUGAAGGAUGGAACAACGCAUAAAAUGAAGCAUUGCUUGUAAAACAAGGGUUAAAUUAAAAUGUAUAAUAUAUAUUUUAUUUUGCAAAAUGUGAAUAAUGUGGAAAUAUUAUUUUAAAUAUUUUAUUUAUUAAAAAUAAAGCAGUUCUUAAACAGGCGCUCAAUGACAAAUCAAUACAGUGUAAAAAAGAAUUAAAUGUGGGAAUUUAAUGAGAAAAACUGGGUAUUGCUUUAAUGUACAUACAUUUUGUAGUUAAUAAAGGUUUUUUUCAAGA